AUGUCCGGGGAAGUGCGUUUGAGGCAGUUGGAGCAGUUCAUCUUGGACGGGCCCGCUCAGACCAAUGGGCAGUGCUUCAGUGUGGAGACGCUGUUGGAUAUACUCAUCUGCCUUUAUGAUGAAUGCAAUAAUUCUCCGCUGCGAAGAGAGAAGAACAUUCUUGAAUACCUGGAAUGGGCCAAACCAUUUACUUCUAAAGUGAAACAGAUGCGCCUACACAGAGAAGACUUUGAGAUACUGAAGGUGAUAGGUCGAGGAGCUUUUGGAGAGGUUGCUGUAGUGAAACUAAAAAAUGCAGAUAAGGUAUUUGCCAUGAAAAUAUUGAACAAAUGGGAAAUGCUGAAAAGAGCUGAGACAGCAUGUUUUCGUGAAGAAAGGGAUGUAUUAGUGAAUGGAGAUAAUAAAUGGAUUACAACUCUGCAUUAUGCUUUCCAGGAUGACAAUAACUUAUACCUGGUCAUGGAUUAUUAUGUUGGUGGGGAUUUGCUUACUCUGCUCAGCAAAUUUGAAGACAGAUUGCCUGAAGAUAUGGCUCGAUUUUACUUGGCCGAGAUGGUGAUAGCAAUCGAUUCCGUUCAUCAGCUGCACUAUGUGCACCGGGACAUCAAACCUGACAAUAUAUUGAUGGAUAUGAACGGACAUAUUCGAUUAGCAGAUUUUGGUUCUUGUCUGAAGCUGAUGGAAGAUGGAACGGUCCAGUCCUCAGUGGCUGUUGGAACUCCAGAUUAUAUCUCUCCUGAAAUCCUUCAAGCCAUGGAAGAUGGGAAAGGGAGAUAUGGACCUGAAUGUGACUGGUGGUCUCUGGGGGUCUGUAUGUACGAAAUGCUUUAUGGAGAAACACCAUUUUAUGCAGAAUCUCUGGUGGAGACAUAUGGAAAAAUCAUGAAUCAUAAAGAGAGGUUUCAGUUUCCAGCUCAAGUGACCGAUGUGUCUGAAAAUGCUAAGGAUCUGAUUCGAAGACUCAUUUGCAGCAGAGAGCACCGACUUGGUCAAAAUGGAAUAGAAGACUUUAAGAAACACCCUUUUUUCAAUGGAAUUGAUUGGGAUAAUAUUCGAAACUGUGAAGCACCUUAUAUUCCAGAAGUUAGUAGCCCAACAGAUACAUCAAAUUUUGAUGUGGAUGAUGAUUGUUUAAAGAAUUCUGAAACGAUGCCCCCACCCACACAUACUGCAUUUUCUGGCCACCACCUGCCAUUUGUUGGUUUCACAUAUACUAGUAGCUGCGUUCUUUCUGAUCGGAGCUGUUUACGGGUCACAGCCGGUCCCGCGUCCCUGGACCUUGACGUCAGUGUCCAGAGGACUCUAGACAACAAUCUGGCGACCGAGGCGUACGAGAGGAGGAUCAAACGCCUUGAACAGGAAAAACUUGAGCUGAGUAGAAAACUUCAAGAGUCAACACAGACUGUUCAAGCUCUACAGUAUUCAACUGCUGAUGGUCCGCUAACAGCAAGCAAAGAUUUAGAAAUAAAAACCUUAAAGGAAGAAAUUGAAAAACUGAGGAAACAAGUAAGAGAAUCAAGUCACUUAGAACAACAGCUUGAGGAGGCCAACUCUGUGAGGAGAGAGCUAGAUGAUGCUUUUCGACAAAUCAAGGCUUAUGAAAAACAAAUCAAAACACUACAACAAGAAAGGGAAGAAUUAAACAAGGAACUAGUCCAGGCUAGUGAGCGAUUAAAAAACCAGUCCAAAGAGCUGAAAGACGCACACUGUCAGAGGAAACUGGCCAUGCAGGAGUUCAUGGAGAUCAAUGAGCGGCUAACAGAAUUGCACACCCAAAAACAGAAACUUGCUCGCCAUGUCCGAGAUAAGGAAGAAGAGGUGGACCUGGUGAUGCAAAAAGUUGAAAGCUUAAGGCAAGAACUGCGCAGAACAGAGAGAGCCAAAAAAGAGCUGGAAGUUCAUACAGAAGCUGUGGCUGCUGAAGCAUCUAAAGACAGGAAACUGCGUGAACAGAGCGAGCACUAUUCCAAGCAACUGGAAAAUGAAUUGGAGGGACUAAAGCAAAAACAAAUUAGUUACUCACCAGGACUGUGCAGCAUAGAACAUCAGCAAGAGAUAACCAAACUAAAGACUGAUUUAGAAAAGAAAAGUAUCUUUUAUGAAGAAGAAUUGUCUAAAAGAGAAGGAAUACAUGCAAAUGAAAUUAAAAAUCUGAAGAAGGAGCUUCAUGAUUCAGAAGGCCAGCAACUUGCUCUCAACAAGGAAAUUAUGAUUUUGAAAGACAAAUUGGAAAAAAACAGGAGAGAGAGUCAAAGUGAAAGGGAAGAAUUUGAAAAUGAGUUCAAACAACAGUAUGAACGAGAAAAAGUAUUAUUAACUGAAGAAAAUAAAAAACUGACAAGUGAACUUGAUAAGCUCACAACUUUGUAUGAGAACUUAAGUAUGCGCAACCAGCAGUUAGAAGAAGAGGUAAAAGACCUAGCAGACAAGAAAGAAUCUGUUGCACAUUGGGAAGCACAAAUCACAGAAAUAAUUCAGUGGGUCAGUGAUGAAAAGGAUGCACGAGGGUAUCUCCAGGCCUUAGCUUCUAAAAUGACUGAAGAGUUGGAAGCUUUGAGAAAUUCCAGCUUAGGUGCUCGAGCAACAGAUAUGCCCUGGAAAAUGCGUCGUUUUGCAAAAUUGGAUAUGUCAGCUAGACUGGAGUUGCAGUCAGCUCUGGAUGCGGAAAUAAGAGCUAAACAGGCCAUCCAAGAAGAGCUGAAUAAAGUUAAAGCAGCUAACAUCAUCACAGAAUGUAAACUAAAAGAUUCAGAGAAGAAGAACUUGGAGCUACUCUCAGAAAUCGAACAACUGAUAAAGGACACUGAAGAGCUUAGAUCUGAAAAGGGUAUAGAGCACCAAGACUCACAGCAUUCUUUCUUGGCAUUUUUGAAUACGCCUACCGAUGCUCUGGAUCAAUUUGAAGAUUCCUUUUCUUCUUCCUCAUCUUCACUGAUUGAUUUUUUGGAUGACCGCUCUCCGUCCUGUACUCCAGCUAGCAAAGGCAGACGUACCGAUCCCGUUGAGAACACAUAUGUACGGAAUCCGAACGUCAAGGUUAACAUCCAGUCAAGGUCCACAUCUCCUUCCACUUCUAGUGAAGCUGAGCCAGUUAAGACUGUAGACAGUACUCCUCCUCCAGUUCACACACCAACCUUAAGGAAAAAGGCAUGUCCUGGUUCAACUGGCUUUCCAGCUAAGCGCAAGACCCAUCAGUUUUUUGUCAAAUCUUUCACUACCCCUACCAGAUGUCACCAGUGCACCUCUCUGAUGGUGGGUUUGAUAAGACAGGGCUGUUCCUGUGAAGUGUGUGGAUUCUCAUGUCAUAUAACUUGUGUGAACAAAGCUCCAACUGCUUGUCCAGUCCCGCCUGAGCAAACAAAGGGUCCUCUGGGGAUAGAUCCACAGAAGGGCAUAGGAACAGCAUACGAAGGUCAUGUCAGGAUCCCGAAACCGGCUGGAGUGAAGAAAGGGUGGCAGAGAGCACUGGCUGUGGUUUGCGACUUUAAACUCUUCCUGUACGAUGUUGCUGAAGGAAAAGCCUCUCAGCCCAGUGUCGUGGUCAGUCAGGUGAUUGACAUGAGGGAUGAAGAAUUUUCUGUGAGUUCAGUCUUGGCUUCUGAUGUUAUUCAUGCAAGUCGAAAAGACAUACCCUGCAUAUUCAGAGUCACGGCUUCGCAGCUCUCGGCGUCCGACAGCAGGUGUUCGGUCCUGAUGCUCGCAGAGAGUGAGAGCGAGAGGAACAAGUGGGUAGGCGUGCUCAGCGAGCUGCACAAGAUUUUGAAGAAAAACAAAUUCAGAGACCGCUCAGUCUAUGUUCCCAAGGAGGCUUAUGACAGCACUCUGCCCCUCAUUAAAACAACCCAGGCGGCUGCCAUCAUAGAUCAUGAAAGGAUAGCUCUGGGCAAUGAAGAAGGGUUGUUUGUUGUUCACGUGACCAAAGAUGAAAUUAUUAGAGUUGGUGACAAUAAGAAGAUACAUCAGAUUGAACUCAUUCCAAAUGAUCAGCUCGUUGCUGUGAUCUCAGGACGAAAUCGUCACGUGCGACUUUUUCCCAUGUCAGCUUUUGACGGACGAGAGACUGAUUUUUAUAAGCUGGCAGAAACUAAAGGGUGUCAGUCCAUAACUUCUGGCAAAGUGUGCCAUGGAGCUCUCACGUGUCUGUGCGUGGCUAUGAAAAGGCAGGUCCUCUGUUAUGAACUCUUUCAGAGCAAGACCCGUCACAGAAAAUUUAAGGAAAUUCAAGUCCCAUAUAACGUGCAGUGGAUGGCGAUCUUCAGUGAACAGCUCUGCGUGGGGUUCCAGUCGGGAUUCCUCCGAUACCCCUUGAACGGGGAUGGAAGUCCGUACAGUAUGCUCCAUUCAAAUGACCACACACUCUCAUUUAUUGCACAUCAGCCGAUGGAUGCCAUCUGCGCUGUCGAGAUCUCCAGUAAAGAGUAUCUGCUGUGUUUUAACAGCAUCGGGAUAUACACCGACUGCCAGGGCCGGAGAUCCAGACAGCAAGAGUUGAUGUGGCCAGCAAAUCCUUCCUCUUGUUGUUACAACGCGCCGUAUCUCUCCGUGUAUAGUGAAAACGCAGUUGAUGUGUUCGAUGUGAACUCCAUGGAGUGGAUUCAGACUCUCCCACUCAAAAAGGUUCGACCCUUAAACAGUGAAGGAUCAUUAAACCUUUUAGGGUUGGAGACAAUUAGAUUAAUAUAUUUCAAAAAUAAGAUGGCAGAAGGGGAUGAACUGGUGGUUCCGGAAACGUCGGACAACAGUCGGAAGCAGAUGGUUAGAAACAUCAACAACAAGCGGCGCUUCUCCUUCAGGGUCCCGGAGGAGGAAAGGAUGCAGCAGAGGAGAGAGAUGCUACGAGAUCCAGAAAUGAGAAAUAAAUUAAUUUCUAACCCAACUAAUUUUAACCACAUAGCACACAUGGGCCCAGGAGAUGGGAUACAGAUCCUAAAAGACCUGCCUAUGCCAGGCUUCCCUUAUCCAUCCCCUCAUCAUCACUCCGGCCUGAUCUCCUCUCCGAUCAACUUUGAGCACAUCUAUCACAUGACUGUUCAUUCCGCUGAAAAAUUUCUCUCUCCUGAUUCCAUAAACCCUGAGUAUUCCCCGUCUCUGCGCUCUGUCCCUGGUACACCAAGCUUUAUGCCUCUGAGGAACCCCCGGCCCCAGGAGAGUCGCGCGGUGUUCAGCGGCUCCGUCAGUAUUCCCUCCAUCACCAAAUCCCGCCCUGAGCCCGGCCGCUCCAUGAGCGCCAGCAGCGGCCUGUCAGCGAGGUCCUCUGCACAGAACGGCAGCGCGUUAAAGAGAGAAUUCUCCGGAGGAAGCUACAAUGCCAAGUGGCAGCCCAUGCCCUCCCCGUCAGAGGGCUCCUUGUCUUCCGGAGGCAUGGACCAGGGAAGUGACGCCCCGGCCAGGGACUUUGACGGAGAGGACUCGGAUUCCCCAAGGCACUCCACAGCUUCCAACAGCUCCAACCUAAGCAGCCCGCCCAGCCCAGUGUCGCCCCGGAAGACCAAAAGCCUCUCCUUGGAGAGCACCGACCGUGGGAGCUGGGACCCGUGAGUGGCUUCGGCGCUCAGAGCGGACGCCAGAGCAGCUUCUCCCUCUUGGCCCCUCCACUGCCCUGUCUCCACGUCCGUCCCCCGCCCCUGCCUGGAAGGCCCAGGGCCGGUGGCAAGAGCAGGGUGGGGGCUCGGGGACACGGACGAUCACACCUGCAGCCCAGCUCCCUGCACCCCCCACCCCGACUUAACAGCAACAACCAUCAAGGCAGACUUCCACUGAACAGCUUCGAUGAGUAUCGAUUCCAUUUCAUACACUCAGAGUCGCUUCCCAUCAUCGUGUCCCCCUCCCGAAGGUAGCUCGAGUAGACAGACCUCGCAGACGUGCGCGGGAAGAGCGUCAGGCAGACUGGUUUCCACGGCAGAGUCACGGCGCCCCGGGCAGCGUGUGGGUCCCCCCGCCGGCCCGCACCCUCCUCCAGCGCCCACAGCCAAUGUCGACCUGAUCGUUGCCAGUAAAUCCUUAUUCACUAAAACAGUGCAUAUUUUACUACAAUACAGAGUUUAAAUAAGUACACAAAUGUAGAGGUUAAAUACUGAAUGUAUAUAGUAAAAAGAAGCAUCUUGUAUUCAGCAAAAGAUGGAUUCCUAUAUAAGAGAGAGAUCAUUUAAUUUAAAGAAAUGUGUUGUUUCUCGUCUGUUUUCCAGCUAAGUAAUUUAAAGGGUAGGAAGGCCUCAAGCUGACAUUCUAGACCUCGGUAGAUGGAGAGCGCGAAGAGUCAGAGUUCCCUCUCUGGGCUCGGCCACGGUCCCCGGGGGCUUUAGGAAAACAUUCCGAAACCCGGUCCAGCCGCUCUGGGCUGCGGCCCGAGCCCAGGCUCAAACCUUAGAAGCCUCUUCAGCAGCAGCGUCAACAGGCGAAUUUACUUCCAGGUCUUUCGGUAGCGGUAGAAUUUGAACCACACUCCUCAGUUUUUACUGUAUUUUGGUAUCUCCUGCAGAUGAAUGUAGAAAUGCGAUCACCUCCCGGCCCCUCCGCUGAAAGCAUGCAAGGGAAGUUGUGGCUUCUGAAGGUCCCUGAAAUGCUUCCCACAGGUCCUUUCCCUGGGGGCUAACCCUGUUUCUCCCUGCGUUGCCUCAAGGUGUCCUUGGCCCCAGCCCCCCUCAGAGAAGCCUGAGAGAUUAAUUACCAAAUAAUAGAAAACCUCAAAUGCAAGGACUUGAACAGCCUUAACCAAAUACUCUUUCCCGCCCUGGUGGCAAACAGAAGCCUGAGCCGCCAGGCAGGGUUCCCCACGGCACCCCUGCUGUUCCCGCCGAAGCGAGCGCACACCCCGGAGGGCCGCAGUCCUUCACAGUUAGUUCCCAGUUAAGCACAUGAGCAGAGAAAGAGAAAUAAAAAUAUCUCAUGGGAGUAAAGAGAACCUGGCUCGCUUCCUUUUUAUCUAAAUUUCUCUGAGAACUAGCAGUGAGCGCACUCUCGGCUUCGGUGAGCGUGAACCGUGUCCCCCUGUGGCGCCUCCUUCUCAGCCCCUGAGGCCCGGCGCGGGGAGAGAGGACCCGCGGGGCCGCCUGUGCACGCGGACGACUGCCCAUCCUCUCUGCAGCUUUCCGCUUUAGGGAAAGGCAUGUCGUGUGAGAUGGGGUUGGGUCGCCAAGGAUCAGACCUUGAGCUUGGUACCCCCCGAGGACCCCGUAGCCCCGAGAACUUGGCACUUUCCUGAGGCGAGGGAAGCCCGCCACCAAGGGCCUGUGGCCAGUGCCUCCUGUCCUGACCCUCCCUGGACCCUCGCCUCUCCCCUCCCUGUCUUCCCGGCCCUGAGUCCCAGGACUCCGCACUAAGCCAUUCGUUGAAGCUUUGACAACUACGUGUGGGUUUGUGUUGCCUGUAGGUGCUUAUUUUCCAGAGGAUGCUUUUAGGAUCCAAGCGUCCCCCUGCCUGAGGUGCAGAGAACACUGCAGUGAGUCACAGCAGAAAGGAGAGAGCCCCCAAAGAUGGUGAUGACCCAGGGACCCUGGCACUUUCCGGUAGGUCCCUAGUAGUCGUGAGUCGUCAUAGAGCAGCCUCGGAUUGGACCCAUCCUGACAGCAGGAGUUUGGGGGAGAAACAGUGCCACGGGGAGCCGCUCGGGGCGGGGGUGGGGGGCGGCUCUUCCUGCGAUAAUGACCCUUCUGGGCUUAUCCCCUCUCAGGUACGAAGCAGUUACCAGCAGAAGCUUCUGAGAAGAAUGGUCUAGAAAAGGCAGGGAAUGGGUGCCAGGGAAACAGGAAACCUGCUGAUGGUUCAGAGGGGUCAGGAGCCAAGAUCAGGGAGGAAGUACUGCUGCCCCGAGUCCUGCUCUCUUCUCUUGUGGGACCUUUUAAAAUCACACCCGGCAGCAGGCGCACGUUUCAUCGUAGGAAGGACAGACCAGUGAGACGUUUCUCGGCUAGUCCGUGUGUGUUGGUACUUGGUGCUAUCUAUGUGCAGCCGAUUUGUUGUCUACCCUUGAAUUCUAACUAAGUCGUGUGUGCUCUGGGUAUAUAAAAAUUAUAUAUAUACACAUACAUUUCUUUUUGCCAAAAACAAAAGCCUUCCUCCUCGUCAAGUGCUCGCUAAAGUAAAUUUCACUCUCGGGGUUCUCGGCCCAUGCGCACACCCCUGCGUCAGCGACGCUCGCCCGCUCCCGGGAGCACGGCGGGAAGGGUCGGGGCCGGCGCUGGAAGGGCCAGCCUGGUCGGUUUCCCACGCAGUCCUCAUACCCAGGCUUCUGGGAAGAAUCUGAAAUCCCUGUUAUGUUUACAGCAACAAUCUGUCGUUCCUGGCCGGCUCUCAGCUUCCCUCUGCCUGCCGUAUGGUUAGGGUCCUGUCGUUCUGCUACUCAGUGGCCACGUCGACUUCUGUGAAAGCCCGGCUGCACUUCUGUGCACUCUCGGGUCUCCUCCAGAAGAGCCCAGGAGGGCGCGGCGGGCAUCGCCAACGCCCGGCACGGCAGGGCCAUCUGUCCGUCCGUGGCGGCAGUCACUCAGGCUGCGCCCUCCCAGCUGGGCAGACAGGGAAGCAGGCGGGCCCCCGCGCGCCCCAGCCCGGCCCCCGAGUGAGUAGGUAAGCUGCAUGACCGAUCGCUGCGCCUGGUAGACCUCUUCCCUUGUUCUGACUCGAUCACGAGUCCAGAUUCUCCGCAGAGUUCCUUCUGGAUCAGAGGGCUGGCUUCCGCUGGAGCCUUCGGCCUCUUAGCGCUGGCCAGCGGGCCGGCCCUUCCCCCUUUCCCAGGGACGAGUGCCACACGCGAGGUGCCGCAUCACUUAUGGGGGCCACUGACGAGAACAAACCUGGAAACUUCAUGAAACAAAUUUUACCUGCUUUUUUAUUUGAUAGUGUAAUAACAUUUAUUUUAUAAAUUUUUUAGGGUUUUUUUCCUCAUUGUAAUAUUAUUGUACAGUUUUGCAUGGCCUAGGUGUAAUCAUUUUUUUUUUGUUUGUUUAGAAUAUAAUGCUGACAAAUCUGUGUAUGGAAGGGAAACAUACUGCUUUGGCCUAUUUCCUUUUGUUUGGUUUUAUGCCCUCGAUGUCUUAGGGAGGUUUAUAAGCGAUUCUCUGCUACCAGACAAUGGUGUGGAUUCUUUUGCACAGAAAUAUUUAAGGUGGGAUAGUCAAAAAUGUAACAAGACUCCUCGCCAAUAUUUUAUGUUGGUAUCACUUAAUAUUAACCAGAAUUUGAUGUAUUGCAAUAAAACAGGGAGCUGUUAGACCUGA